UUAUACUACCAUAAUUAUUAUUUUGACUGGUUAGAAGACUUCAGAAUCAGAUCACACAAUGUCUUUUUCAGUAAUGAGACUGGCUUUUUGCUUUCUCUUCAGUACCCUGAUUUUGUCUGACUAUUCAGUCUAUUGUAAAGUAAACCAGCAAGACACACAGUCAAAAAAGAAGAUUCAGACUGAUGUAGUUAUUGUAGGAGCUGGAUAUGCUGGUCUCACAGUUGCAAGAAAGCUCAGCCAAAUGAAUUUCACCGUACAUGUGCUGGAGGCUAGGAAUGCAACUGGUGGCAGAACAAAGAAUUUCUGCUUGAAGAAUAUGAAACCAGAUAUUGAGAGUGACUACGUUGUCGAACUUGGUGGUCAAUGGCUUGCCAAUAAAACUGUGCAACCUCAUUCAUGGGAGUUGAUAGUUGAAGAAUUGGGGUUUAAGUUGUUUGAUGCUAGUUACACACCGUCUGACUCCCGCUCUAGUGUUGUGUAUGUAUCUAAUGGCCAGUAUAAUUUCACAACAUUGAUUGAUGCGUUUCAUAAACUACCACAGGAUGUGCAAGCUGAGCUGGCUAAAGCUUGGGCUCUCUUGGACAGUAUGGCUGCAAAAAUAGACUUGGUUUCUCCAUAUUUGUCUCCUGAAGCUAGAAAAUGGGAUAGUCAAACGUUUACCUCUUGGAUAAACAACACCGUUCAGUUGGAGGAGUCUCGAAAUGCCCUCCAAAUUCUCAGCACGUCAAUAAUCGCUCAAAGCGCUGAUGUCGUAUCAUUUCUUCAUAUGCUUUUCUACAUACGUGCUUCCAAAGGAAUGACCAACCUUGUUGCGAGCGAACAACAAUACCGUGUUGUUGGAGGAACACAAGCUCCAACUUUCAAAAUGGCACAGGAGUUGGGCAGUGAUCAUGUUCUCCUGUCUACUCCAGUCCGUAGGAUAACUCAAAAUAGUAAUGAUGGUUGUGCGAUAGGUUCUGUGGUAGUGGAAGCUUCUGAAGGUGAAGUAGUUGUUGAAGCGAGGUAUGCUGUAGUAACUGGAGCACCUUCAGUAUCUGGUAAGGGAAUUCGAUUUAUUCCUCCACUCCCGUUUGAAAAGAGUCAACUUUUCCAACAAAUGCCGAUGGGAAAUUCUGUCAAGGGAACACUGGUUUAUCCAACUCCUUUCUGGCGCAAAAAUGGUUUUACUGGGACACUUUUUGCAUCAACACCAUUUUUUGGAGAUCCCAAAAAUAUUCUUCUCAGCAACUGCUUUGAUAACACACCAUAUGCUGGAACUCCUGGUGUUUUGUUUUGCUUUCUUGAGGGCGCUACCUCUCUACAAAUGAUGCGCUUAACACAUGAGGAACGUGUUGAAGUGUUAGGAAAUUGGUUUGCCAAGACUUUUGGCCCUGAGGCCAAUGAUCCUCUGAUGCUCCUUGAUUACAACUGGGAGGCUCAGCCGUUCAUUGGAGGCGCAUAUUCCUCCUACCUCCCCCCCGGGGCGUGGACGCAGCAUGGGCAUGCUUUAAGAAAACCUUUCCAGCAGAUUUAUUGGGCUGGUGCUGAGUAUGCUCAAGAUGGGUUUGGGUACAUCAAUGGAGCCAUACAAUCAGGAAAAUUCACAGCGAAUCAGAUUGCGGAGCAGUACAGACAAUGUAUGAAGCAAAAGUAGAUGGUUGUAUUUAGAACUAUACGUACUGGCUAUAGUGGAGUGUGCCUGUAUUAAAGUCUGUAUUAGACACAUCUAUUGCAUGCAUGAUUCUAUUGCAUGCAUGCUUUUUUGUGGGAUCCGUAUAAGAUCAUUCGCAUAUAUAGAGAGAAGCACA